GCCGCGUCACUUCCGCCGGGCCGGGCAGGACGAGAUGGCGGCGCUGGGCGAGCCGGUGCGGCUGGAGAGAGACAUCUGCAGAGCAAUUGAAUUGCUGGAAAAAUUACAGAGAAGUGGAGAAGUGCCACCACAAAAGCUACAGGCAUUGCAAAGGGUUCUGCAAAGUGAAUUCUGUAAUGCUGUAAGAGAGGUGUAUGAACAUGUCUAUGAAACUGUGGAUAUCAGCAGUAGCCCCGAAGUUAGAGCUAAUGCAACAGCAAAGGCCACAGUAGCUGCAUUUGCUGCUAGCGAAGGUCAUUCUCAUCCCAGAGUGGUUGAACUACCCAAAACAGAAGAAGGUCUUGGCUUCAACAUUAUGGGAGGCAAAGAACAAAAUUCUCCAAUUUAUAUCUCUCGGAUUAUCCCUGGAGGUAUAGCUGACAGACAUGGAGGCCUCAAACGUGGAGACCAGCUGCUUUCUGUGAAUGGAGUGAGUGUGGAAGGUGAGCACCACGAGAAAGCAGUAGAACUGCUGAAGGCAGCUCAAGGGAAGGUUAAACUAGUUGUGCGAUACACACCAAAAGUCCUGGAAGAAAUGGAGUCGAGGUUUGAAAAGAUGAGAUCAGCAAAACGAAGGCAGCAAAAUUAACACUGUAUGCAAUAACUUAAAGAGAAAAUAUAUAUUCCUUUUGCAUUUUGUAGUUUCUUUGUGACUCAGUUGAUCCAGUGCCUGUCAUAAGACCCUGUCCUUUCCAUAGAAUCAUGGAACAGUUGAGGUUGGAGGGACUAGAUCUAGUCUAUGCCCCAUUGUCCAGCUCAGAGGAGGGCCAGCUAGAGCAGGUUGCUCAGGUGUGUGACAAGCUGGGUUAUUAGGCAUCUCUUAAGGAUGGAAACUCCAGAACUUGUCUGGGCAGUCUGUUCCAGUGUUUUGCUCUCCCUUACACUAUGAAGAUCCAUGUUUAAGUAGAGCUUCUGUUAUUUCCACUUGUAUCCUCCCUCUUGUGCAUCACUAGAUAUACUGGGAAGAGUUGAGCUCUUCCUCUCUUCCUUCACUCCUUCCUCUCAGGCAUUGACACAGGCUGGUGAGAUUACCUGAGCCUUCUCUUCUCCAGGCAAGAGAGACAAUCCCAGUUCUCCCAAGUUCUCCUUGUCUGUAAGAUAGUCCAGUCACUCAGACACCUUUGUGGCCCUUAACUGGAUUCACUCUUGUGUGCCCAUUUCUGUGUUGGACUGGGGAGCCCAAAACUGGACCCAGCGCUUGAGUUGUGGCUCGGGAGGCCUGAGCAGAGUGAAGAGUCCCCUUCCUCAGCUUGCUGGCAGUGCUCCUUCCCUGCAAACCAGAGGACUGCUGAGUUUCUUUGCUGCAGGGGCCUGUGGUGGCUCAAGGCUUGAUGCUGUUCUCUGCAAGGCUGCUCUGUGGCUGCUCAGUCCUCAGUCUAUGCUGGUGGACAGGGUUAUUCCCCCUGUGUAGGACUUUGCACUUCUCUUUGCUGAACUUUGUGACUCUUGUUUGCCCAUUUCUCCAGCCUGCUGAGUCCCUUUGAAUGGUUUGCUGAGUGUGAUCUGUCCCAGUCCCUGGGUUGAAAUUAAAAACAUGCAGGAGUGUGGACCCCAGCAGGGGCCCUGGAUGCACUGGAGGUGACUGGCAUCUGGCAGGACACUUGGCCACUGAUCACAACAAUCCUCAACAGUUCAGCCAGUUUCAGAAUGUCUUCAGUCUCCUUGUGUUCCACACUUUUGGAGCAAUGUGUAGGUUUAGAAUGGCCUAAAAUGCCCUGGAAAAGCAUAUAUGGUGAUAUUUCUCUAGACUUUUAUAGUAAGUCUUGUGUCAGACUUUUAAAUAUGAAAAAUCUGUAAAUUCACUUUCUAAGGCAUUUAAUAAGACAAAGUUGAACAAUCAGCAUCCUUUUUUUCUUGCUUUCUUUUGACAUUACUUAGCAUAGAAUCUGCCAGGGGUUUUGCUAACUGAUUUUUUAAAAAAUAGAAGAUUCUUAUGUAGCAGUAUUUUGGCACUUUUCUUAAGAAUAUGUUGUUAUGUCAACUACAAAAUGUAAUCAUAAUCUACUGUGUAGCUGAUAAUGAUACCAGAUUUUGUAAUGUUUUUGGUAAGUACAUUGUUUUUACACUUCUGAAUUCACUACUCUGGAAGUUGUAUUACCUCUCCUGUAAAUAAUUUACAGUUAGUGUUCUUACAUAAUGGAUGUUGUAAUAGCCAACAUUUACAAAUUUGCAACAAUCAUUCCUGUAAUUUACAUUAUUUUGUACUAAUUCUAAAGCACUUAUGGGGGAAAACAUGAUUGCUGUAUGCAGUUCUGGAUUGACUCUCUAGAUGUAUUUUUAUAUUGAGAAACAGAAGAUAUAUAAAUGCAGUGCAAAAGAAUUCCAGAUGUUCCCCUUUGUGCUGUGGAAAAGAAUUAUUCAUCCUAAUUGUCAUACUACUCUUGUCUUCCUAGCAUUUGUUAUUGCAGUCUUAUUUCCAUAUUGAAUGUAUUGGUUCCGGAAUAGUUAGUACCUAAAUUACUGAUUGUUAUUGAGUCUUGUAUGCCAGGUUACUGUGACAUGUGAACUUGUCUGGGGUUUUAUUACUGACUGCUUCUGACUUGGGGGAUUCUUGUUUCUACUACAUCACGACUGCUAAAUAAGGACAUCUCCAUCUGUGAACAAUUACUGUCUUAGCUCAUGGAUUCUUGAUGGUGGCACGGGUUUUGUGUACAUUUUGAAAAAUUCUGGACAGAGAUCCGUUUUUGGAAUCUACCAGGUUUGAUGGUGUACUUGUGUAAUUUAGGGGUUUGGUUUGGGUUUUUUUAAGCUACACCUUUUCAAGAAUUAACUUCAUUGUCUACUGGGUAUCAGUUCACUUGUAUGGCAGCUAGGAGUACAUCCUAAUUGACUGUUAGUAAUUUGAUUUUUUAGAGGCUUAAACUGAAAAGUGCAGUUCUUGCUGUGUGGCUAAUCCCUAGUCUUACUUCACAAGAAGCAGUAUGUGAAAGAAAGGAAAAGGUUAGUAAUCUAAAAAUGGCAGUUUGAAGCUUGCACUUUGUCAGUUGAUCUAUUUGAAAAAAAAAAAUGUGGUUGCUAUGGGCAAGUGAGAAAUGUGAUUGCUUUCUUGCUUUCUGCAUGUUUGUAAGCAUGGUAAGCCUGCAAAGAGAAGUUUGGGAGAUACUGAUAAUUUGAAAAUGCAAUAUAAAUAUUUAUCAGUUAGAUGACAUCAAGCACUGAAUUGCAUGGUUGGUUUUAUGUCAUAGGCAUCUUUCUAAAAGCUUCAUGUUACUGAUACAACCAUGUUGUUGAAUUGUAUAUUUUUAUGGAACAACUAAUGUUUAAAGUAUUGAGACCAAAAUCACUAGUUAGACCAAUUGUGGAUGUGUUUUAAUUUAAUUGCUAAUUAGUAGAGAUAUGUUUUAGAGCCAUAUAUAAAUAUAUAUAUUACAGAAAGAUAUGGAUACAAGGUAGGAAUGUUCACUUUACAAACCGUAUUCCUUGUAUUACUGAACAAAGUGUUUUGUUACUCUAAUGAAAUAUUUACUUCACUGCAGCUAAAGCUGCUAAAUGCAGUAGCAUUUUCAUUCUGAAUUGUAGCAUUUGGCUCUGGUUUGUCAGCUACUGCAAAAUGUGGAGAGGUGUAGCUGGGCAUAUAAAUAGUACAUGUAGAAUUUGAUAAAAUGCUUUUAAAUUGCAAUAACAAAUAAAUCAAUAACAGCCAACUAAUUCAUAAUCAUCUUUGAUACUACAAGAACCCUUUAUUAAUAGGGAAAGGGUUAAUUAAAAUAUUCCAAGAAACCAGAUUUCUGUUACUACUGAGCAGUGCCUGUGUUGACCUGCAGUCCCUACACACUUCUCAUACAUGGGUAUACAAACAUAAUAAGAAGAGUUAUCAUUUCUGCAAGUAACUUCUGCAUCUGUUGCUGCUGUGAAGGAUCUUUGGGUUUUAGCAACAGAAAAAUAAAGAUUCAGUCUCACACA